GAGUGCAAUGGAGUCUCCUUCUUUGGAGAUCUUUAAACAGAGGCUGGAUGGCCAUCUGUCAGGGAUGCUUUCAUUCAGAGUUCCUACAUGGCAGACUGGGGUUGGACUGGAUGGUCUUUGAAGUCACUUCCAAUUUUAUGGUUCCAGACUUAGUCCAAUGCUCAAACCACUGUUGACUUUUUAUACCAUCCUAUAUAUGUUUCAUUUGUACCACACUGGCUCUCUCUAUCAUCCUGUAUUUGUGCAUUUCAUUUUUCCUGCCAAAGUAAUCAACGCAAGCCCUUCUCCCCAUCUUUAAAAGCCAACAGUCGAUCAAGUCUUUCCUAGCAGGAAAUCUGCCCUUGCUGAAGCAUUCAGAAGGGAAAUUCUGAAUCAGAGUUUUGUAAUUCCACUCCCCUCUUCUCCUUUUUGGGGGGUCCUCCCUGCCCAUCUUGGUUGUUGAUUUGUGUUGUUGCAUAAAUCUGCAGAUGUCCGUAUCCAGCUGCUGAAGCACAGCUGGCUGAACUGCAUCCCUUCCAUGAUCCCAGCUGUUUCCCUCAGUCUGGCUUUCUCCUCUCUCUCCCUCCCUCCUCCAUUAUAACAGAGAGUCUUAGUAAUAUGAUACAGCUUGGCAAAGAUUGAUUUAAAAAAAUGCUUGGCGUGUCAAACAGGGUUUUAAUGUAAAGUCUCUCCAGUAUUUUCCUUUUCUUUAAAAAAGCAAGAAAAAGGAUUUGUGAGUUUCCAGCAAAGUUUGCCGCCGCCGCUGCAAACCCUGCAGCCCUGUAUUUGGAAGGAUUACAUCUCCUGCUUUCAAACAGGGUCUAUUGCCUUUUUCUUUCUCUUCCCUUUUUCUUUUCAGUCGUAUGGUUUCAAUUAAAGAAAACGAUGGAGCCUAUUGGAAAGCUGUCGGGGUGCGUUUUUAAUUUUUCUUUACUAGGCGAUAGGCAGAUAAAUCCCAGUUAUCGAUGCAUCCUGGGUUUCUUGUGCCUUUCCCCAUUCUUGGUCCUGCUUGCUGCUUUGGGUGACCUGCUUGGAACAGAAGCACAGAAAAUGAAGGUAAGAAAUGAUGUGAUCCCCAUCUUCCACAAUGUUGUUGUUUAUUUGCAUUUAUAUUAUGCCUUUUCUCCAAAGAUCUCACGAUUCUCCUUCUUUUUGCAACCCUUGGGUCAGGCAGAUAACAAAAGUAACUGUCCCAGUGACCUUUUAUGUGUCAGUGAAGAAUUUAACUUGGAUCUCUCAAGUUCAGUGUUUGGGUUACAGAGCCACAUCUGCUGUAUCCCACAGUUCUUCUUCUAUAUUCCUGGGAUGUUAGUGGUGUGUCCAGGAAGCCACUGCACCUCCAAAUUUUCCUCCGGGCGUUGGCUCAUCUCUUCAUGGCCUCAACUUUCCUCCUCAGCCACAUAUCCGAAAGAGACGAUACACACUGACACCGGGACAACUGAAAUGGGACCAUUUCAAUCUCACGUACAAGAUUCUGUCUUUUCCCAGAAACCUCAUAAAUGAGAGCCAGACAAGGAAGGGGCUGACUGCUGCUUUCCGCAUGUGGAGUGAUGUCUCUCCCUUCAGUUUCCGGGAGGUGCCGCCAAGCGUGGCCAGCGAUCUCAAAAUUGGUUUCUAUUCCAUCAACCACACAGACUGCCUGGAGUCCCAGAUCCAUCAUUGCUUUGAUGGCACAACAGGGGAACUGGCGCAUGCCUUUUUCCCACAGACUGGUGAGAUCCAUUUUGAUGACCACGAAUACUGGAUUGUGGGAGACACACGGUUCAGCUGGAAAAAGGGUGUUUGGCUUACGGAUCUGGUCCACGUUGCCGCCCAUGAAAUUGGCCAUGCCUUGGGCCUUAUGCACUCCAUGGACCCUAAUGCCCUGAUGCACCUCAACGCUACCUUGACUGGGAAAAACACCAUUUCGCAGGAUGAGAUGUGGGGAAUCUACAGGCUUUAUGGGUGUAAAGAUAGACUCUUCAUAUGUCCGACGUGGUCUCGGAAGGGAUACUGCAAGACACGGAGAAAGUUUAUGAAAAAACACUGUCCGUACAGCUGCGACUUCUGUCUGAAAUUCCCUUUCCCAACGGUGGUCCCUACUCCGCCUCCCCCAAGGAUGAAGACGAGGAUUGUCCCUGAAGGCAGGAAUGUCACCUUCCAAUGCGGGCGGAAGAUCAUCCAUAAAAAGGGCAAAGUCUAUUGGUACAAAGAAAAGGAAAUGCUGGAAUAUUCCUACCCAGGUUACCUCUCUCUGAAUGAUGACCACAUGAGCAUCAUAGCCAAUGCAAUCAAUGAAGGGACCUAUACUUGCAUUGUGAAGAAGAAGACGAAGAUCCUGACCACAUAUUCCUGGCGAAUCAGGCUGAAGCAUUAGCAUAGAACUGUUGUGAGUAACCUAAAUGGUUCCACUCCAUGAUGGACUUCUUCCUCCUACUUGUUGGCAUUUGUGUAUUUUCUUUCAACAUUGCAUCUGUAACUGUGUCCCAGCGUGACCAGUUUCCGUUGCUUGGCUAAUGCAUGAGGAUGCUGGACCUUCCUCAGCCGAAAGGUACUCACUUCCAAAAGGAAAUUGCUACAAAGUACAGUACAGUAAGACUUCACAUACGGUAAGACACUUUGUGCACUCUAUGCUUGUAGUCCUUAGAUCUACCUUUCUUAAUGUCACACAUGAUAUUGGACUAAAAUCCCCAUUAUGCCUGGGUAUGCUGUCAGGGGAUGAUGAGCAUCACAUACUAAUUUCUCCCUUGGGAAAGAGUGCAUAGGCCAGAAUUUGACACAGGACAAUUGUUGGGUUUUCUUUAUAAGCACAGGUUGCAUUAAAACCAGGUACAAAGAAAGUGUGGCCACUGACUGAUGCUGGAUUACAGUUUCCAUUCUCCCAAGUCAUAAGACUAUGUCAACUAGGGAGCAACAACAUGGGCAAUGGGUGCUACAGUCCAACUGCCUUCAGGGGACAUGUGUUUCUUACCCUGCCCUGAAUUAUCCCACACAUUCUCAUCCACUUCAAGUUAUAAGUGCCAAUGGGGCAUAUGAAUGUAAGACAGGGAGAUGGUACAGUACCAUGUAUGCCAGCCCCAUAUCUUACAGCCUAUCUCUGCCUCAGAAUUUGCUGGGAUGGGAGAAGCAUGUCUCUUCCCAUAGCCUGUUUGGGUUUAGUAUAGACCUACACACAGGUGUAUCUAUACACACAUUUGUUAGUGAGGCUCUAGAUUACAGAGCCACACCAACGCACAAGAGAUGUACAUAUUUCUGCCCUUGGUGCUUCAAUGCAAUGGAUAACUAACUCAAGGAUGGGGAAAGAAGCCUGCAGAGACUGGCAGACUAGAGGCCCCUGCAUUCAUUCAGUGCCAUUCAGCUUUGCUUAAAAAGAGGUUGAAGCCAGAGAUGUGAAGCAUUUUGGACACUUGAAGUGCUCUCUCACUCUUAGGCUGCAGUGGUACCCUAAUGUGCUUAAUCUGACAAAAGAUUGUACUGUGUGAGACACCAUCUCUUUGUGUCAUCAUUUUUGUUUCGUUUGUGUAACCACAUUGGCAAAUACAAAAAAAUCACAAUUUCUGCGUUGCAUUUAUUUAUCAGUUGGUUCAAGCAUCAUUCAAAUGCUCUUUUCAGCUUCUGGAAAGUUGCAGGGCACUUUAUCCGCUAGGAAUUUCACCAGUUGCUGUUCUCUUUGAAUAAAGUGUUUCCCACUC